ACCGGUAGCUACGACUUGGGAGAGGGUCCGCACUGGGACUAUACGUCGCAAACGCUGUACUUCGUGGACGCCUUCGCGGGCGAUGUCUAUCACCUCAACCCCACCACCCGUCAGACCACGCGAUACAGUCUCCAGGAUUUGGUCACAAUAGUCAUACCCUACGAGGGGAACGGUAGUCAACUUCUGGUGAGUGUGCGGAACAAAGUCGUCAAAUACGACACGAGAAGCAAGUCGUGGGGAACGGUAGCAGAGAUCUCACCGCAACUCAAGGGUAAGGAGCGAUUUAACGACGGGAAGACCGACUCUAUGGGCCGCCUAUGGAUCGGUAGUGUAUUGGACGGCGAGUCCGGUGCCGUCCCGGGAAAGGGAUGUCUGUAUAAACUGGUGGGCAAUGCGUUUGUGAAGGUGGCCGACGGGUUCACACUUUCCAACGGUAUGGCAUGGGAUCUGAAUAAUACUAAACUGUAUUUCAACGACUCGGAGGACCGGAAAGUCUAUGCGUUUGACUUUGACCUCCGAAACGGUGCACUCCACAAUAAACGCGUUUUCAUUGAUUUGAAGGGAAAUCCAGAUUUUAGGGAAAAUGAAGUGCCGGACGGUAUGACUAUCGAUAAAAGUGGGAGACUAUGGGUAGGC